AUGGACAUCACUUUCGAGAGCUUCGCCAAACUCAUCUAUCGUCUGAGCCAUCCUCCCCAAGCUCGCUCCCGUGAAAACCGCACGUUCACUCCGGCGGACAUCUUCACUUCAUGGCUGAAUCAUUUGGACCGACCGUUACCCCCUGGUUCGGGCAAGCAUGUCCUUCGAAUCUUGUUUCCGCAUGAAGGCUGCAGGAGACGAUACGGAAUGAAAGAGAUGAAGCUUGCAUGUGAGCUGGAGAGGAUACUACGCAUCAAAGGACUGUCAAGAUGGGACUCUGCUGGUAGUCCAGGCGGUGGAAGUGGCUGUUUGGGCUUGGAGGUGCAGCGGGUCUGCAAAGAGAGGACAACCUCUAGAGUCUCCAGUCUGACACUAGCCGAAAUCGACCUCAGACUGGAUCAACUGGCGUCAUAUUCACCUUUCUCUCAGCUCGAAGUCCCUCCAUGUGAUCCGCCCUCUCAGACCGACAUCUUAUCUCAUCUGUUUCGAGAUUCCAAUCUCUCCUCAUACGCAUCGGGACUUCUUAUACAGAUCAUCUUACAGGACAUCCGACCGUUCCUUGACCCCUUGCCGAAGCUGGCCCUCCGGAACGCGACAUCUCUCUUGAGAAUGAAGUCCACUCAUGGUCCACCUCAGCUGGAUCUGCUGUCCGCCAUGAGAGCGUGGGACCCUCGUAUGGCAGACAUGUUCGUUGAUGGUAAAGGUGAUCUGGACUGGUGUGCGGAUAUGGCAGAAGCGAUGCGGAGUUGGGACGGGGAGGAGCCACUAUCUUUAGAUGAAUGUGUCUUUGCUGGACCGGUAAUUGGCGUCAAUGUUCAGAUCCCCAAAUGCCUCAAAGGUCGAUCUGUCGAGGCUGUGUUGGAUUCCUUCUGUCGCAAAAGAUACGGUCCAGCUGUAGGGACGAUAUGGGCUGAAACGAAAUACGAUGGUUAUCGGAUGCAGAUACAUGUCGAGGUCAAAAGUGAUAAUGACAUUCGAAUCACAAUCUUCAGCAAAUCGAAAAGGAAUGCAACGAUCGACAGGAUACACACCCAUUCCAUCAUUCUUGCUGCUCUGGGCUUGCCAAUACAUCACGCCUUACCGCAGCAUCCGCGCCUGCGAUCGGUCAUUCUAGAGGCAGAAGUAAUACCUUAUAAUGAAGGCCACCGACAGGGAGGUCGGGGACCUGGCAUUGAAGAGUUCUGGUGGCUCGGCUCAGCGGGGGUAACGGGCGGUGAGGAGAAUGGCGAUCCCCAUGCCGAGGGACCGCUCGAUCCCAAUCGUCACCUGUGCCUCGCUUUCUUCGAUAUCCUUCAUCUUGAUGGGCACAGUCUUCUCACAGAGGACUACGAACGCAGGCGUCAGCUCUUGGAGUCUGUACUCCAGCCGAUCGAAGGUUUCGCUUCUUUGGCAGAGCGAACGGCGAUUGAUCUGGGUGUCGGUCGGAGCGUAGCUCUGCAGGCCCUUCAGGUUGUGUUCGACAAAUGCAACGAGACUCGAUGUGAGGGUCUUGUCAUAAAGGCUGGUCGCUCCUCGUAUAUGGAUCCUCGCUGGAGAUGGGUAAAACUCAAGAAAGAUUACAUUCCGAACCUUGGCGACUGCAUCGAUCUUGUGCUCCUUGGCGCAGGCUGGGACCCAGAUCGCGCCCGAGGUCUUCGAGUCGACACUUCGGUGUUGACGACUUUCUACAUUGGCGUCCUUACGAACCACGAAAAAGUCAAAUCACGGCUCGAGAGUCCCCAUUUUGAGAUCCUGUUCCCUGUGUCUUACGGCCUCGAUAGAGACGCGUUGGAGAUGGUCAAUUCGAAGAUAAGGCUCGGCUCAUGGCGGACCAAGCCAUAUGACAAAGACGAUCCGUUCAAGCGCCGGCUGAUCGGGCUGUCUUGGACUUACCGAAUGCCAAGAGGGAUCAAGACGCCUUCGAUCCUGUUCGAGAAGCCGCUCUGUGCCGAGAUCAUGGGUGCGGGUUUCCUCAAGCUGCCCUCGUCGCAGCUUUAUGAACUCCGCUUUCCCCGGCUUCAAAAGAUCUUUGACCCAUCUGAAAGGUCAUACGCCGACGCUCUGACGUCCACCGCUCUCAUUGCCGCGGCACAUCAGUCCUUGGGCUACAGCUCUGGGACGGUGAAUCCUCACCCUUCACCUCAGGACGAUUCGAUCCGUGCCCUCUGGCGUUCAGCAUCCGCAAAGACCUUGACUGAUAUAACGGAAUUUCCUACGCCGAGCCCCGAACGACCUUCGCCCAGACGUAUGCAAUCUGCUCCGCAGCUGCCGACGUUCAAGCCUUCACCGCGGACCCCAUCGCCUCGGAGCAGACAACCUCAAGAAAGUUCGCCAAUAUUUGGGCUUCCUUCUGCCCAUCAAUUAGCGAACGCGCUCACCACGGACACAACCUCCUUUCAACAGAGAUCGUUUGUGAGCCCGGAGAGCGAGGACGUGGAGUGCGCAAUGCCAUUCGGCAGCGUUACACAGACUCUGAACGGUCUGAAACGCCUAGGGUCUCCAAUAGCGGCAACGCCGCCAAAGGCAGCAAAGCAUCAACACUCUCCUCUACGGCCAACUUCCCAUGUGUUUACACCUCCGCUCACUUCGCCCGUCCUGGGACCGAAACCGUCCCUGCAGUUAGCGGCGAGCGGCUCCCCUUCUCGAUCCAUUCUGCGAAACCUCGAAGUCAACUCUAACCUUCGAAACGCACCUCGAUCCGCUUCUAAAGCCUUAUCUCUCCGUUCGCGGAUUCGCAUCGCCUUACAAGGAGGACGAUGA